AAGAAGGUUCUUUUUAUAGAAUAGAUAUAAAAGCCACAUCGGACAAAAGCAUAGCAAUUUAAAUAUUUAAAUAAAAACAUAUUUACUCUAACAAGUGGGUUGCUGCAGGAAGCUAUUCUUAAAUUUGCAGGCGUAGUUCUGCAGCUGCUCAUCCUCUCUGUUUUGUAGCUGGAGCGGGUUGGCUAGCAGCUGAGCUGGUAACAAAAAAAAAAUAAAAAAUCUAAGAAAUGGAUAACUGGCUGAAAUUCGUGACGCUGUCAAUCAUGGUGCUGGUAUGUGGUUGCUUAGAGUCCUACCACUUUGCUGUCCUAGUCUUCCUCCUUUUCUCUAUCGGCCUUGUCUUUCGCCAAAUGAGCAUCUCGGUCCCCGAUGAAGCCUCCUCUUCAUCAUCCUCCACCUCCUUGUCCUCCUCGUCGUCCAUCUCGGUCCCCGAUGAAGCCUCCUCUUCAUCAUCCUCCACCUCCUUGUCCUCCUCGUCAUCCUUCUCGGUCCCCGAUGAAGCCUCCUCUUCAUCAUCCUCCACCUCCUUGUCCUCCUCGUCGUUCUUCUCCUUCUCGAAAGGUUCGCUCUACGAUGUGUUCUUAAACUUCAGAGGCAAAGACACACGUAAAAGCUUCACAAGCCACCUCCGUAAAGCAUUAACAAAUGCCGGAGUCAACGUCUUUUUUGACGAAGAAGAAAUAAAAAGAGGAGAAGAAUUAACUAACGUACUAGUGCGGGCAAUCCAAGGUUCUAAGAUGUCAAUCGUCGUCUUCUCAAGCGGGUACGCGGACUCCAGCUGGUGCCUCGAGGAGCUGGUUCAUAUCAUUGAGUGUAGAACAACGCUGGGACAAAUGGUUUACCCGAUAUUCUAUGACAUUGAUCCUUCGGAUGUCAAGAAACAGACUGGUCGUGUUGCGCAAUCGUUGCUGAAACAUACAGAUAAAAAGAAGGUAGCGAGGUGGAGAGCUGCUCUUACUCUUGCUGCAAAUUUGGCUGGAUGGCAUCUCGAAAACAGGUAUCUACUAAGUUCUUCUUUUAUGAAUUCAGGCUUUAACGUAUCUUUAUUUACUUUCGGUUUAUAGAUUCAAUAAAACCUAUGUUGCACCAACACUGGGAAACCCCAAAGUGUUCGGACACGGUUUUGACACGAUCAAGACACGGCAGGGAUCUUUU